AUGUGCUCCCGCCAGGACAGGGACAAGUGCCAUGAGCAGGAGCACUACAGCAGCGGUGGUGGAUGCCACAGCUCCGGUGGUGGAUGCCACCGCUCUGGUGGUGGAUGCCACAGCUCCGGUGGCCGCGGUGGCUGUCACAGCUCCAGUGGUGGUGGCUGCCAUAGCUCCAGUGGUGGUGGCUGCCAUAGCUCCGGUGGUGGUGGCUGCCAUAGCUCCGGCGGUGGCUGUCACAGCUCCGGUGGCAGCAGUGGAUGCCAUAGCUCCGGUGGCUCCAGCUGCCAUGGGAUCCCACAGAUCCACUACCAGCAGCAGCAGCAGCAGCAGCAGAUCCACCAGCUGCCCUCGCAGAAGAUGAAGUGA